AUGAUAAGUUCAAUACGCGCGAACUUAAUAUCUUCAAAAUUAGCUGUCUUAAUAUAUGUUGACCAAAAGGUUUAUAAUACUUUCCACCUUACCAAGAGACAUUUUCCUGAAAAACUUAAAAUUGCUAGAGUUUUACUGGUAUAUAAAACAGGCGAAAUGACUAAUGUAUUGAAUUAUAGACCAAUCUCAAUUCUUUCAUGUUUCUCAAAAAUACUAGAACGUACAAUGUACAAUAGGCUUCAUUCAUUUUUGACUUCAAAAGAUAUUCUACAUGAAAGUAAAUUUUGUUUGCAAGCUGAUCAUUUUACGGAUCAUGAAAUUGUUGAACUCCUUCACUUAACGACUGGUAGCCUUGUGGUAGAGUAUUCGCCUCAGAUGCGGAAGGUCUAG